GAAUGACUAUGACAUGCGGCUAUAAUAACUAUAUGCCACAAAAUGUUGAAAUUUGCAUCACAGCAACACAAUAAAUUACAUGUAACCACUUCCAGUAUAAAAGCCAAGAUGCCAACGUCAGCGAAUUACGUGCAACAAAUGCGAGUUUAAUAAACGCUGCGCAACGGUGGAGGUUCGACUGACUGAGUGGUGAAACGCGAACCACGCCACUUUACACCCCCACCUACACAACACAACGCCGCACUCGACAUUUAGGUGCUUUGCACACGCUAACGGCGUACAAACAUUUAAAUAUCAAGCAAACAUACAAGUAGCAGAAAAUGUUAGUCGGAACAGCGCGCCAGCGGAAAAUUUCAUUUAAUAGUUGUUGUAGUAGUGGCAGCGGUAGAAGUGGAAUUAAAGCCAGCAAGGACGACGACGGCGCUAGCUGUAGUGGAAGCUGCGAAAAUGAAUACAGCAGCAGCGCAUAUAGUUAUUGCAUUGUGCGCUUCAACGCGCUGCCAUCGCUCUGCACAAUCUUGCUACUGCUGCUUCUUUCCACCGCACAACUGUUGCACUUAGCGCACGCUUAUCUGAUCAUUGUGCAUGAGGACGUGCCUGCGGGUGCAGUGGUUUUUAAUGCCUCCGUCUACAAGCUCGGCUCGGAGCGACAUUAUAAAAUUAACGCACAUAAAUCAGCGCACUUUGUACACCAUCUGGUCGCCGUCAAUCACAAAGAUGGUCAAAUACAGUUGCGCAAGCAGCUCCAGUGCGAUGGCAUCUACUACCCCAACCUAUUUACCUUCUAUGUGGACUCGACGUCGAAUCGGCUGCGCAGCAUUGACUACUACAGCCUGCCGGUGCGAAUAUUUGUAACGGGUCGAGAUUGCAAUGAAGAUCGGCGCAUAGAGGAAGAGAUGCAUAGUAGGCACUAUGAGGAGGAAGAAACGGGGUACUCGAAACGCCGCAGACGCUACGUGGACACGAUAGCGCAUCCCGAUUUGCGCUAUUUCGGCGCCUAUCUAGCGCAUCCGAGCAACAAUGUGGAGCUUUUGCCGGCGAGCAGCGAGUCGGAUGUACUCAAUCACAACAAUAGUCGACGUGAGUUUCGUGAUGGUGAUCUGAUAUUUGGCGACAAUUUCGACAAUGAAAUGCGUCAUCGCAUACUCAGCCGCAAGCGUCGUGCGAAGCAACCGCUACAACUCGAACCGUCACUGCACCGCCGCAUCUCCGAUGCCAAGCAAUGGAUCUCGGAAACGUACGCCUCCUAUGCUAUACACACAACGGACAAAUGGAAUCAAAUCUGCUUGCGUCAAUCACAGUUCAUCAACAAUCUCAAUGCCUUCUUGCCAAAAUCCAUUUGCCAGUAUUGCAAAGUGAACUUUUUGGACGUGAAUGACGAACGCUUUGCCAUCGAGCAUCAAAAUCACGAUUUGGUGGCCAGUCGUGACGUCUGCAUACACGAGUCCAUGUGGAAGGUGAGCAUAACUUUCAACAUACGCUGCACACGCCCGGAAAUCGUAGACUCUGAUCAUCGCCUCAAGAUCGUCUAUCACUACCAGGAAUUCAAUGACACCGAUAUAGCAAAGCGAGUACGCCGCGAGCUGCGUAAUCAGUCGCCUUAUUUUGAACAGGCACUUUAUGUGGCAUCAGUGCUGGAAGAGCAGCCGGCCGGCUCGGCUGUGACAACAGUGCGCGCGCGUGACCCCGAAGACUCGCCGGUGGUGUACUCGAUGGUAUCUUUGCUGGACUCACGUUCGCAGUCGCUCUUUAAGGUAGACUCGCGCACUGGUGUGGUCACGACUUCGGCGAGCUUGGAUCGUGAGCUUAUGGAUGUGCAUUAUUUUCGUGUGGUUGCGACAGACGAUAGUUUUCCGCCACGCUCGGGCACGACGACGCUGCAAGUGAACGUGCUCGACUGCAAUGAUCAUAGUCCGACUUUCGAGGCUGAGCAGUUCGAAGCGAGUAUACGCGAAGGUGCGACAGUUGGUUCGACGGUGAUCACUUUGCGGGCUACGGAUCAGGAUAUCGGAAAAAAUGCGGAGAUCGAGUAUGGCAUAGAGAGUGUGACUGAUGGCUCUGGCACUUUACAGGACCAGGAAAUGCCGAUAUUUCGCAUCGAUGCACGCUCAGGUGUAAUUUCCACCCGCAGCGCACUCGACCGCGAGACCUCGGAUAGCUAUAAUCUCAUCGUCACCGCUUCGGACAUGGCUUCAGCACAGAGCGAACGCAAAACCGCCACCGCUACAGUAAUCGUGAAAAUCUUAGAUGACAACGACAACUAUCCGCAAUUCAGCGAGCGCACCUACACAGUGCAAGUUCCCGAGGAUCAAUGGGGUGAUGAUAAUGUGGUGGCGCACAUUCGCGCCACAGACGCUGACCAGAGCAACAAUGCAGCCAUACGUUAUGCCAUUAUUGGCGGCAAUACGCAAUCCCAGUUCUCGAUUGAUUCCAUGAGUGGUGAUGUGACUCUUGUCAAGCCGCUGGACUAUGAGAGCGUGCGCAGUUAUCGUCUGGUGAUACGCGCACAGGAUGGCGGCAGUCCAUCGCGCAGCAACACCACACAGCUUCUGGUGAAUGUGAUUGAUACGAAUGAUAAUGCGCCGCGCUUCUACACCUCACAAUUUCAAGAGUCAGUGCUGGAGAAUGUGCCAGUAGGCUAUAAUAUAAUACGCGUGCAAGCUUAUGAUGCGGAUGAGGGCGCCAAUGCGGAGAUCAUUUACAGCAUUUCUGAGCGCGAUGACAACUUUCCGCUGGCUGUCGAUCCGCGCACUGGCUGGGUGCAGACAAUCAAGCAACUAGAUCGCGAGGAGCAAAGUCGCUUCACUUUUCAAGUUGUAGCUAAAGAUGGUGGCGUGCCGCCCAAGUCAGCGAGCUCGACUGUGGUGAUAACGGUUCAAGAUGUAAACGACAACGAUCCCACAUUCAAUCCAAAAUAUUAUGAAGCCAAUGUGGGUGAGGAUCAACCGCCUGGCACGCCUGUGGUAACUGUUACAGCCACUGAUCCGGAUGAGGACUCACGCCUGCAUUACGAACUCACUUCGGGAAAUACACGCGGCCGCUUUGCAAUUACUUCACAAAAUGGGCGUGGUCUUAUUACGAUUGCGCAAUCGCUGGACUACAAGCAAGAGAAACGUUUUGUGCUCACUGUUACAGCCACAGAUUCAGGCGGUCGCUCGGACACAGCUACCGUUAAUAUUAAUAUCACAGAUGCCAAUAAUUUCGCGCCAAUAUUCGAGAAUGCCCCCUACAGCGCAUCGGUGUUCGAGGAUGCGCCAAUUGGUACGACGGUGUUGGUAGUGUCCGCAACCGACAGCGAUGUGGGCAUCAAUGCGCAGAUCACUUACUCGCUGAAUGAGGAGAGCAUAAAUGGGCUCGGCAGUCCAGAUCCAUUCGCAAUCAAUGCACAAACUGGCGCAAUUGUUACAAGUGCACUGUUGGAUCGCGAGGUGACUAGUGGCUAUCUGCUUACGGUCACCGCAAAGGAUGGUGGCAAUCCGUCGCUAAGUGAUACCACCGAUGUAGAGAUUAGCGUUACCGACGUGAAUGACAAUCCACCCGCCUUCAAGAAUCCACUAUACCAGGCAUCAAUUCUUGAGGAUGCACUAGUCGGCACUUCUGUUAUACAGGUGUCAGCAACGGACCCCGAUAUAGGACUGAAUGGACGCAUCAAGUAUCUGCUGAGCGAUCGCGAUGUAGAGGAUGGCUCAUUUGUCAUCGACCCCACUUCCGGCACAAUACGCACCAACAAGGGCUUAGAUCGCGAGAGUGUCGCCACUUAUCAUCUAACCGCCAUCGCUGUAGACAAGGGCUCGCCACCACUUUCAAGCACCGUGGAAGUGCAGAUACGUUUAGAAGACGUAAACGACUCACCGCCAACAUUCUCCUCGGACAAGAUAACGCUUUACGUGCCGGAAAACUCGCCCGUGGGCUCGGUAGUUGGCGAAAUACAUGCACACGAUCCGGACGAAGGCGUCAAUGCGGUGGUUCACUACUCGAUUAUUGGUGGCGACGACUCGAAUUCCUUUUCAUUGGUCACACGUCCGGGUUCGGAGCGCGCGCAGCUGCUGACUAUGACCGAGCUGGACUAUGAGUCGAAUCGCAAGCGUUUCGAAUUGGUCAUACGCGCGGCUAGCCCGCCGUUGCGCAAUGACGCGCAUGUGGAGAUUUUGGUCACCGAUGUCAACGACAAUGCGCCGGUAUUGCGUGACUUCCAAGUAAUCUUCAACAACUUCCGCGACCACUUUCCAAGUGGAGAGAUCGGCAGAAUACCUGCAUCGGAUGCUGACGUCACUGACAAACACACAUAUCGCAUACUCUCCGGCAAUAAUGCGAAUCUGAUACGAUUGAAUACAACUUCAGGUGGUUUAAUACUUAGCCCGCAAUUGAAUACAAAUGUCCCCAAAUUCGCAACGAUGGAAGUUUCCGUCUCGGAUGGCAUCAAUGAAGCAAAGGCUAUAAUGCAGCUUUCGGUACGCUUGAUCACAGAAGAUAUGUUGUUCAAUUCUGUUACCGUCCGUUUGAACGAAAUGACCGAGGAGGCAUUCCUGUCGCCGUUGCUUAACUUUUUUCUCGAUGGUCUGGCAGCGAUUAUUCCUUGCCCCAAGGAAAAUAUCUUCAUCUUUUCCAUACAAGAUGACACCGAUGUCACGUCGCGCAUCUUGAAUGUGAGCUUCUCCGCUAAACGGCCAGAUGUUUCGCACGAGGAAUUCUACACGCCACAAUAUCUGCAGGAGCGCGUCUACUUAAAUCGUGCCAUACUAGCGCGUCUCGCCACAGUUGAGGUGCUGCCCUUUGACGAUAACCUUUGCGUGCGCGAGCCUUGUCUCAAUUUCGAAGAGUGCCUCACCGUGCUCAAGUUCGGUAAUGCCUCAGAGUUCAUACACAGCGACACUGUACUCUUCCGCCCUAUCUAUCCGGUAAAUACUUUUGCGUGUUCGUGUCCCGAAGGCUUCACGGGUAGCAAGGAGCAUUAUUUGUGCGACACGGAGGUGGACCUUUGCUAUUCGGACCCUUGCCGCAACGGCGGUACAUGCGUGCGUCGCGAAGGCGGCUACACCUGCACUUGUUCGCCGAAGCAUACGGGCGUUAACUGUGAAACGCAGAUAUCAACGCUGAAGCCCUGCAUGUCGGAUGCCUGUGACGGCGGUUAUUCCUGCAUGAAUUCCUUUUUAAGCUCACAACCGCCACCGUACACAGCGACGUGUGAGCUGCGCUCACGUUCGUUCUCCAAAAACUCCUUCCUUACCUUCGAGAGCCUCAAACAGCGACAUAGAUUCAACCUGAAAUUACGGUUUUCGACUGUGCACGAUAAUGGUUUACUGCUAUAUAAUGGGCGUUACAAUGAGCUGCACGACUUCAUUGCACUUGAAAUACUCGAAGGUCAUUUGAGCUUCUCAUACUCGCUGGGCGAUAGUAAACAAAGUGUCUCGGUCGCGCAACAGGCGAAGGUCUCCGAUGGCGAAUGGCACGAUGUUGAGGUGAUAUAUCUGAAUCGGACAGUGACACUUGUACUGGACAAGUGCGACACAGCAAUAGCGCUGGCCGGAAAUUUAGGCGAUCGGUGGAGCUGCGCCAAUCAAACGACCCUAAAGCUAGACAAACGUUGCGCGCUGCUCACCGAAACCUGUCACCGCUUUUUGGACUUGACAGGUCCGCUACAAUUGGGUGGCUUACCACGCAUACCCGCACACUUCCCCGUGGAGAAUCAAGAUUUCAUUGGAUGCUUAUCUGACCUGCGCAUCGACGAUCGCUACAUUGAUCUCAACUCGUAUGUAGCCGAUAAUGGCACCAUCUCCGGUUGUCCGCAAAAGUCACCACUCUGCUCGUCGGAACCUUGUUUUAAUGGCGGAGUUUGCCGUGAAGGCUGGAACACUUACACUUGCGAGUGCCCUGAAGGCUAUGCAGGCAAUGCAUGCCAGGAGACCAUACCCGCACCAUGGCGUUUCUCCGGCGAUGGCAGCCUUAGCUUCAAUCCAUUGUUGAGGCCGAUACAACUACCCUGGGUCACCUCACUAUCCAUGCGUACUUUACAGCUGGACGCGUUUCUGCUACAGAUACAAAUUGGGCAAAAUAGCUCUGCGGUACUUUGUCUGAAGAACGGCAUACUCUAUUACAUAUAUGACAACGAACCAAUGUACUUAGCUGGCGCUUAUCUCUCCGACGGCAACUGGCAUCGUAUCGAGGUUAAAUGGCUUAAUUCGGAAAUACAGUUCUCCGUAAACUACGGGCAACGCAGCGGCGUCGUGCCGAUGUCACAGAAAGUACAAGGGCUCUACGUUGGAAAGAUUGUCAUCGGUAGCGCUGACGGUUCAAUUGGGGCGGUUGGCGAUAUGCUACCCUUCGAAGGCUGCAUUCAAAAUGUGCGCAUUGGCGCCUCUCAAUCUGUGUUGUCGCGUCCAACGAUACGCGAAAAUGUCGAAGACGGCUGCAUGUCGCGUGCAGAAUGUCCGGAAACUUGUCCACCGCAUUCCACAUGCGCGACUACUUGGGACGAAGCGCGUUGUGAGUGCUUACCUGGUUACGUUGGGCCCGAGUGUCUGCCUAUAUGCACCGUCAAACCCUGCGUGGCUGGUGUGUGCCGCGCGAACGUCAGCGAACCACGCGGCUACAAAUGCGAAUGCAACAGUUCCUUGCAGCAUGGUGAAUAUUGUGAGAAGACGGUGCAGCAGCCCUGCCCCGGCGGCUGGUGGGGCGAGAAGGUAUGUGGACCAUGCAAGUGUAACCUGAAGCAGGGCUACCAUCCGGACUGCAAUAAGACCACCGGCCAGUGUUAUUGCAAGACAAACCACUACCAGCCACCAAAUGAGACAGCUUGCAUACCUUGCGACUGCUAUUCGAUAGGCUCAUUCAGCGGCGCUUGCAAUCCACUGACAGGUCAGUGUGAGUGUCGCGAGGGUGUGAUAGGGCGCCGCUGUGACUCGUGCUCAAAUCCGUAUGCGGAAGUUACACUAAAUGGCUGCGAAGUCGUUUAUGAUGCCUGCCCGCGCUCAUUUGCGGCGGGUAUUUGGUGGCCACGUACUCCGCUCGGCAGCACGACUGUGGAAAAUUGUCCUUCACCGGCCAGAGGCAAGGGACAACGCAACUGCGACGCCAUGUCGGGUGGUUGGAAUCAAGCGGAUAUGUUUAAUUGCACUUCAGAUCCAUUUGUUGAGCUGCGCAAACAACUUUCGCAAUUGGAGAAGCUUGAACUGGAACUCAACUCAUUUGUUGCCAUUAAAAUGGUGGAAAACUUGCAGCAAGCAUGCGAGACUGUAGAUCGCUCGAGUGCUGUGAAAAAGAAAAUUGUAAAGGAUAGUCGGCGUUACAAAAUGGAGUCCUCCUUUCUGCUGAAUGAAGGCAGCAAUAUGUGGUCUAAUGAACUGGAAAUGGACUAUCUUUCCGAUGAGCUAAAGUUUACACACGACCGCCUAUAUGGCGCUGAUCUUCUAGUUACUGAAGGCAUCCUACAGGAGUUGAUCAACUACGAGCUAAUGCAGAACGGCCUGAAUCUGACACAUAGCCAAGACAAGUAUUUCAUUAAGAAUCUAGUGGAUGCCGCAAGCGUCAUAUUGGACCGUAAAUAUGCGAGCGAGUGGAAACGUGCAACCGAGUUGAUACAGCGUGGACCUGACGAUCUUGUGGAUGCAUUCAAUAAGUAUAUGGUAGUGCUAGCCAGCUCACAGCAUGACACAUAUACCAAUCCUUUCGAGAUAGUGCAGCGCAACAUGGUUUUUGCUUUGGAUAUAAUUACAACUGAAUCCCUUUUCGGCUAUGAACCCGAACAGCUUAGUGAAUACCACAAAACAAAACUCAAUCUGAAACCGAAUGCGUACACAACUGAAAGCGUGAUUUUGCCCGACACGAGCGGUUUCCUGCAGCACUCCGCGAAGCAGAAGCCAGUGAUUACCUUCCCCAAGUACAACAAUUACAUACAGGACAAAACGAAAUUCGAUAAGUACACUAAAGUGUUGAUUCCGCUGGAAAUGUUGGGUAUAACACCGCCCGGCAGCAAUGAAGUCACACAGAAUGCCAUCGAUUACCGCGCCAUCGUUUCCUAUGCGCAGUACAAAGAUGUGGGACAGCUACUGCCAGACAUGUACGACGAGACCAUCACACGUCGCUGGGGUGUCGACGUCGAAGUGGCCUCGCCCAUACUCUCACUCGCCAUCUUAGUACCAUCCAGCGAUACCGAAGAGAAACGCAUAGAGAUACCUUUCCGAAAAAUCUCAUCUCAAAAGACUGGCUCCAACGAACAGCAGUUCAUCGAGGUAUUCGAUGUGCCGAAAACGAGCAGCAGUGGCAGCGAGGAGCACAUGAUUGAGAACAUACGCAUCACAGCGCAUGAAAUACUACCACCAGCUGUGACGAAUUCACAUGAAGCAAGCGCCGAAGUGACAAGCAACGAAGCUGUAGAGGUCGCAGACGACGAAGAGCCACACAUUAGCGUGCGCUUCGACGAUGACAACAUCGAAUUCCACGGUGACACCGGCGAGGAAGUAGUCGAUUCACCAGAGUUGACAAAUCCACACUUCGAAGCUGGUUCAAGCGAACAGCAAAAAGGUGAGAACGAAGCAAUCUACCGCAGUCGCAGACUGGUCAAGCGCCAGGUAGAAGUCAUCUACCCAUCCGAACAGCAACAAACACAACAGCGCGUCAUCUAUCGUUCGCUGGGCUCUCCACAUCUCUCACAGCCCAUCAAGCUGCAAAUGUGGCUGGACAUUGAUCCAGCGCGCUUUGGUCCACGCUCAAAUCCACAAUGCGUGCGUUGGAACUCAUUCACCAGCCAAUGGACCCGACUGGGUUGUCAAACCGAGGUGCCCGACUUCAAUGAGCUGCCAGUCGAUGGACAACCCAUCAUCGUUAACUGUUCCUGCACGCACGUUUCUAAUUACGCCGUAAUUGUGGACAUCAUUGACCCCGAAGAUAUACCUGAGCCUUCUUUAUUGGUGCAAAUCACAUCCUACUCCGCAUUUAUGGUCUCACUGCCGGUGCUGCUGAGCGUACUCAUUGCUUUGGCGCUGCUGCGUGGUCAACAAACCAAUUCGAAUACCAUACACCAGAAUAUCGUGCUGUGCGUGUUCUGCGCCGAGUUGCUUUUCUUCGUUGGCAUGCAGUCACGUCGCAAUUUGCUUGAAAAUGAAUUCCCCUGCAAGCUUAUAGCGAUUUGCUUGCAUUACUUCUGGCUGGCCGCAUUCGCUUGGACGACCGUCGACUGUGUGCACCUGUAUCGCAUGCUUACCGAGAUGCGUGACAUCAACCAUGGACCAAUGGGAUUCUACUUUGCCAUGGGCUAUGGUGCACCAGCCAUUGUGGUCGGACUUUCGGUGGGCGUGCGGGCGCAUGAGUAUGGAAAUAGUUUGUUCUGUUGGCUUUCCGUAUACGAGCCGGUCGUGUGGUGGCUGGUCGGUCCCAUUGCGGGUAUGUCGGUGGUGAAUCUACUAAUACUGUUUGUAUCUGUGAAAGCUGCAUUCACGCUUAAAGAUCACGUACUCGGUUUUGGCAAUCUACGCACGUUACUUUGGUUAUCUGUCGUCUCGCUGCCCAUGAUGGGCGUCAUGUGGGUGUUGGCUGUGUUGGCUGCUUCCGAGAAUUCGCAGAUGCUGAGCAUCCUCUUGUCCGGUGUGGUAGUGCUGCAUUCCAUUUUCUGUCUCAUUGGCUAUUGUAUUAUAAACAAGCGCGUGAGGGAAAAUUUGCAACGCACCUUCUUGCGUUGUAUGGGGCGGAAAGUGCCAUUGUUAGAUUCUUCGCUAGUUGUGAGCAAUAGUUCACAUAAUGUGAAUGGGGCGACGAGACCGAACAAUUUCCUAGCGGGUAGCUACGAUACUGCGCGAAGGAAUGUGGGCAUCAGUGUAUCGAGCACGACGUCCAGGAGUACGGCGAAAACGAGCUCAAGUCCAUAUAGUGAUGGCCAGCUACGCCAGACCUCUACAUCUACCUCGAACUACAACUCGGCCAGCGAUGCACCCAGCUUUCUGCGCGGCUUCGAAUCCUCUACCGGCGGCGGUGGUGGCGGUGCUGGACGCCGUGAAGAAAAAUCUCGUCGUCAUCGCAAAGACUCUGAUUCAGGCUCCGAAACCGAUGGCCGCUCAUUAGAGCUCGCUUCUAGCCACUCAAGCGAUGAUGAUGAAUCACGCACCGCGCGAUCCUCGGGCACGCAUCGCAGUACCGGUGUCAGCGCCACGCCCUCAUACCUGCCCAACAUUACCGAGCAUGUGCAAGCAACUACGCCGCCCGAGUUAAAUGUCGUACAAAGUCCACAGCUCUUCCCAAGCGUCAAUAAACCUGUCUACGCGCCGCGUUGGUCGAGUCAAUUGCCUGACGCUUACCUACAAUCGCCGCCGAAUGUGGGACGCUGGUCACAGGAAACUGGCUCCGACAAUGAGCAUGUACACGGCCAAAAAGUUACCAUCUCACCAAACCCACUGCCAAAUCCAGAUCUCACGGACACCUCCUACCUGCAACAGCAUCAUAACAAAAUCAACAUGCCUCCAUCGAUAUUGGAAAAUCUGCAAAACGUGCGAAAUGAUAAUGGCUAUGAGGCACACAAACGCGACAGUAUUUACCGCCGCAAGGACUACCCGGAUAGUUAUGGACAAUUCGACACACUACCCGUCGCGGGCAACUACAAGCCACCCAGCCACUAUGGCAGUGAGAAGGAGUAUAAUGGCGGCGGCAGUGGUGGUGGUGGUAGUGGCAGCGGCAGUGGUAGUGGUAGCGCUGGCGGCGGCAAUGGUGGCACACAAAUCGUCAACCACAUGCGCUCCUUCCACCCGGAUGCGGCUUAUCUCAGCGAUAGCAUUUACGACAAACAACGCACACUGGGCUAUAUGGGCCCCAAAGCGGACUCGCCGUAUAUGUCCAAAGAGCGCAUUGCGCCCGAUAUUUAUGGGUCACGCGAAAAUCACUACAGCCUUAAGAAGCCGCAUAUGUAUGUCGGCGCUGCGGACUCAAUGCAUUCAGUGCAUUCAUUACUUAAGAACGACUAUCAGGCGCAACAGCAGCGUCAACAACACCUACAGCAGCAGCAUCACCACCAGCAACAACACCAACAACAACACCAACAACAACAUCAACCCAAUUCGGCCGACUAUCACUCGGAUCGCAUGUCAGAGGGUUCGGACAAGAAUGGCUAUCAUUUCCCCUACACCGCGGAGGAGGAUCACAUAACGAGCAAUCGCAAGCUUAGUCAUCAACACAAUCCAUCACCGUCGCUGCACAGCUCGCAUCAAAUGCUUAACGGGCAUGCGCAUGGACAUACGGUGAAUGAUAUGAAUAAUCCUGGUAUGCUGGGGCGGCAUACACUGAAUUCGAGUUCGCGACAUAGUUCGCGCGCCAGUUCGCCUCCUUCGAGCAUUGUGGCGCCCAUGCAGCCGUUGGCGCCGCUCACAAGCAUCACGGAUACAGA